CUGCAUGGUGACAGCAGGAGGAGCAGGAAGCUGUUAGCUCACAGACGACGUUAGCAGAUACUAUGAUGAGAGCGUUGCUAAAGCUAAGGGAUCUUCGUCUACAGUGCCCUGCGGUGGUUGAUACUGCUCUACGUCUGUUAGGAAGAGAAGUUCAUACUCAGACGUUUACUCUAAGCAAAGAAGUUGCAAAUGCCAUUUCUCCAUCAAAGAGGGCGAGGACUGAGACACCAGCUGCAGAAGAGAGACCUGUCCUCAGGUUUGCAAAGCUUUCUGAACAUGCCACGACUCCUACCAGAGGAUCCACUAAAGCAGCGGGAUAUGAUCUCUACAGUGCAUAUGAUUACACCAUUGGUCCCGUGGAUAAAGCCAUUGUGAAGACAGACAUCCAGAUAGCAGUGCCACACGGCUGCUAUGGGAGAGUGGCACCGAGGUCUGGACUGGCAGUAAAACACUUCAUUGAUGUUGGGGCUGGAGUUGUAGAUGAAGACUACAGAGGAAAUGUGGGAGUUGUGCUCUUCAACUUCAGCAAGGACACAUUUAAUGUGAAAAAGGGCGACAGAAUUGCUCAGCUGGUGUGUGAGAGGAUCUGCUACCCAGAUCUGGUGGAACAAAAGACACUUGACGAGACGGAGCGUGGUGCCGGAGGUUUUGGAUCAACUGGAACCAACUGAAAGCUCCAGAAAUAUAAUUGUCAAAGUACAUGUUGUUGAAUAUAUAUGGAUUACAUGCUAAUAAAGUUAUCUUUUUUUUUUU